GCUUUCAUUUGAUAAAAAAAAUCAUCUUUGAACGAAGACAAAACCAAAAAAAAGCUCUCUUUGAUCUUCCAUUUUGUGUCACCUCCACACCUUGAAUUCUCUUUCUCUCUCUAACCCCAUUUAUGUUUUUCUGGUUCUCAAAAGAUUCUACAGUGGAUAGCAUCUCCUUCUCUGCAAAUAAAAUCUAACCGUUGGAUUGGGUAAUACACCCAAAAUGUUUAAUCGAAUUCUAAACCUCUUCUGUGCUGUGUCCAAAUUUUGAGAGAUUUUGUUGGACUCUCUGGCUUUACAUUUGUCCAUGGCUACUGUGACAACUGACACCAGAUUUAUCCAACACCAUACCGGUAAUGAGGUUAACAGACAUGAGAUUCAAGCUGCCAUUGCCAAAGCUGUCGAGCUCAGAGCUCUUCAUGCUGCUCUGAUGCAUACUAAUACAAAUAGUCCUUCUAAUUUCAAGCUUCCUUCUUCUUCUUCUCCUGCUUCACUUACUAAUCCUCAGUUCUCUGCUCAAGAUUAUCCUGUGUUUACCCCAAGUUAUGAAGAUGAACCAUUAUCUGGGUAUCAACAAAAUGAGCCAAAAAGUAGAACAUUAUCUGAAAUUUGGGAUGAGUAUGGGCUAGGAGGAGGAGGAGGAGGAACUGGGGAUGAAACAGUUUUAUCAGACUAUAGAAAGGAGAAUUCUUGUUCAAGAAAAGGGUUGCAUUGUGAUAUGACCAACUUAGAGUCUCAUACUUGUGCAGCUGAGGACCAAAAAUCUGUGAUAGGUUCUUGUGCAAACCAUAUCACAGUGCUGCAAACCUCUCCUGUCCACAAUGAUUUGUUCAAGUCAAGAAGGAGAAAGAGUUUGGGAGAUUUCAAAACGGUGUCGUCUUGUAAUAGAUGCAGGCCUGCAACUAUAACUUCAGAAUCUGAUAGUGGAGCCAGGAACAGGAGGACUUCCAACAUUGUUGUUCCAUUGACAGACUCUCAUUCAUCGAUUCAAUCACAACCCAAGAACCGUGGUGUGAUGUCUUGGUUGUUCCCUCGGUUUAAGAAGAAGAACAAACACGAAAACUCUCCGAAUCGAACUGAGUCUGAAGAUGUGUCUCAAAUUUUUAGGGAGUCUGGGAUUAUGUCAAUUGAGGCACUUAGAAAAGAGCUCAUAGAAGCACAUGAGAAUAGAGAUGCAGCCUUAAUGGAAGUCUCUGGUAUGAAAUCUUCUCUUGGGGAGCUGAGGCAGAAGCUUGAGUGUUUGGAAACUUACUGUGAAGAGUUGAAGAGAGCUUUGAGACAAGCAACACAAGCUAAGUACUCCCCAACCCCUGAAAAUCUCAGAAACUUUCCCCAGAGAGGAAAAUCUGUAGAGGGUAAUGCUGAAAACUUGAUGCCUGUUAGUGAGGAAGUAAUGGUGGAAGGUUUCUUACAGAUUGUAUCAGAAGCAAGAUUAUCAGUAAAACAAUUCUGUAAGACCCUUGUAAUUCAGAUUGAAGAAACUGAUACUAUGCUUGUGGAUAAUCUCAACUUGCUUCUUCAACCAUAUAAACUUUCCCUCAAUUCAAAAUAUUCAAAGGCAGUUCUUUACCAUGUAGAAGCCACUAUAAACCAGUCACUAUACCAAGACUUUGAGAACUGUGUGUUUCAGAAGAAUGGCUCACCAAAGAUUCUGGACCCUUAUCAAGAUAGGCAAGCUCAGUUCGCAUCAUUCGUCGCACUAAGGAACUUGAGCUGGAAUGAAGUGUUGAGGAAAGGCACCAAGUAUUACAGUGAAGAGUUCAGUAAGUUUUGUGAUCAGAAGAUGAGCCAUAUCAUAACCACACUGAAUUGGACUCGACCUUGGUCUGAACAGCUUCUUCAAGCUUUUUUUGUUGCUGCCAAAUGCAUUUGGUUGCUUCAUUUGCUAGCCUUUUCGUUUAACCCUCCACUGGGAAUACUGAGGGUGGAAGAGAACAGCAACUUUGACUCACAUUACAUGGAAGAUGUGUUAAUGGAAAGGCAGAGAUCAAAUGGUCCUAGCCGUGUUAAGAUCAUGGUUAUGCCUGGUUUUUAUGUUCAGGACCGGGUUUUGAGGUGUAAGGUUCUUUGUAGGUACAAAUCUGUAACAUGAAAUAAUUUGGAAACCCUCUGGUUUUCCUAAGGUUUACCUUUGAUUAGUGAAGUUUGUAGCUUUAAAGUGUUUA